AAACUUAUUAAAUAGAACUGAAUGUUCUACUGUUCUUAAUUUGAGAGGAAGAGUUUAAUGUUGUGCUACCAAUAUGAUGGAAGUGGAACGAAAUAGCAUUGAAAUUCCUCUCAAGGAUACUGACGAGGUGAUCGAACUGAGCUUCGACCAGUUACCCGAGAGCGAGGAGGUGAUCAGUAUUCUGAAGCAAGAAUUGGCAGCUGCGCAUAUAUGGAACACACUAGCUAUCCAAUACUAUAGACAGGGUAAGAGCGAGGACUUCGUGAAGAUUCUGGAGACUGCGAGAAAUGAGGCCUUCACCGAGUACCCUGGAUCGGACAAGGACCAGAUGGUCACCUACGACACCUUGGCCGCUUACUACGUCCAAAAGGCGAGAAAAGAAAAAGACAAAGAGGAAAAGAAAAGACUGUACAAGCAGGCGACAUACCUAUACACAGUUGCUGACAAAAUCAUCAUGUAUGAUCUUAACCAUUUGCUGGGCAGGGCUAAUUUUUGUCUGAUAGAGGGCGACAAAACAGAUCAGGCAGACGCACAAUUCAAUUUCGUCUUAGGAGCUGACCCGCAAAAUGUCCCAGCAUCUCUUGGAAAGGCAUGCAUCAUGUUCAACAAGAAAGACUACAAAGGCGCUUUGGCAUGCUACAAGAAAGUGCUGAAAUCUCAUCCUAAAUGUCCAGCUGAAGUUCGUCUUGGCAUUGGUCUGUGCUAUCUCAAAUUGUCCAAACCGGAGAAAGCGAAGGAGUCUUUCGAGCGAGCACUGGAAGUGAAGCCCACCUGUGUGGGAGCUCUGGUUGGUAUGGCCAUCAUGGAACUGAAUGAGAAGUCACUGGAAUCCACGAGAACGGGUGUACAGCUCCUCUCGAAAGCAUACCAAAUAGACUCUUCUAACCCCAUGGUGCUUAAUCACCUGGCCGACCAUUUCUUCUUCAAAAAAGACUUCGACAAAGUGCAACACUUGGCUCUUCAUGCUUUCCACAACACUGAAAACGAGUUCCUCCAAGCGGAGAGUUGUUACCAGUUGGCCAGAUCUUUCCACGUGCAGGGCGAUUUGGACCAGGCCUUCCAGUACUACUACCAAGCUACCCAGUACGCCUCCCCACAGUUCAUAUUACCAUACUAUGGACUCGGACAGAUGUACAUAUUCAAAAAUGAUAAGCAAAAUGCGGCAGUGUGCUUUGAGAAAGUUCUAAAGAGUGAGGCUGGCAACUAUGAGACAAUGAAGAUUUUGGGUUCCCUCUACGCGGCCUCGGAGGACUUGGUCAAGCGAGACAGGGCGAAACAGUUGUUGAAACAGGUCACUGACCAGCACCCAGAUGACGUAGAGGCCUGGAUAGAGUACGCUCAGAUACUUGAACAGUAUGACCUACAAGGAGCUCUGAGUGCCUACGAGGAGGUGAUGAAAAUUCUGAAAGAGCAGCUGGGUGCAGAUGUCCCUCCGGAGAUACUGAACAACGUGGCUGCCCUCCAGUUUAGACUGGGAAACCUCAACAAAGCAGAAAGUGGCUUCGAGGCAGCACUAGAGCGGUCGAAGGCGGAGCAGGAGCACGAUGAGAAGUACUACAACGCCAUCUCUCUCACAACCUACUACAAUCUGGGCAGACUCAAGGAGGCCUCAUUCCUGACAACAGAGGCAGAGCAAAUAUACAAGGCCAUCAUCAAAGAGUACCCUUCUUAUAUCGAUUGUUAUCUGCGACUCGGUUGUAUGGCGAGAAACAGAGAGCAGAUUUACGAGGCCUCCGACUGGUUCAAAGAAGCUCUUCAAGUCAACCAGAACAGUCCUGAUAUAUGGGCGUUGAUUGGCAACCUGCACUUGUGCAAGAACGAAGCGGCCCCUGGACAGAAGAAGUUUGAGCGUAUUCUGCAGACACCUGGCCUGGAGAACGAUACUUACAGUCUGGUGGCUUUGGGAAAUGUCUGGCUGCACACUUUGCACGUGCCCAACAGAGACAAAGAAAAGGAAACGAAGUUCCAGGAAAGAGCGUUGGCUUUCUAUCGACAAGUGCUAAAGCUUGACCAAAGGAAUCUUUAUGCUGCGAAUGGCUGUGGUUGUGUGCUAGCACACAAGGGUUAUUUGAGAGAGGCGCGCGACAUUUUCUCCCAAGUGAGGGAAGCCACGACUGAAAUGAUAGAUGUUUGGAUCAAUUUGGCACACAUAUACGUGGAACAAAAGCAAUAUCUCAGUGCAAUACAAAUGUAUGAGUCGUGUAUGGAGAAGUUUGGCAAACAGAAUGACGUUGAUCUUCUCCUUUACUUGGGCAGAGCUUUUAUGAAGGCACAGAAGCUAGAAGAGGCAAUGAAGGUCCUCAUCCGAGCGAGACAUGCAGAUCCGACCCAGUCUCUGGUACUGUUUAACCUCUCUCUGGUUAUGAACAAACUUGCUACUCAGACUCUAAAGGAUGGCAAAUCUAAUCUGGCAGCUGUAACUAAGGCAGUGGACUCGCUUCAUUUGGCCAAGAAGCAGUUGUUGCAUCUGAGUGAGCACGGUGACAGGAUGAAGUUCGACUUAAGAGUCGCCAAGGAUCAGGCCAAGGCGUGUGAUGAUCUUCUGAGUCAGGCAGGAUACCAGAUCAAGAGGGCAACGGCGGAGGACCAGCAGCUGAAGAUGCUAAUGGCAGAACAGGAAAAGGAAAGACUGGCACUGAAGAUGAAACAAGAAAAGGAGGAGGAAGAAAAACGAUUAAAGCGUGAACAAGAAGCGCAGGAACUUCUUCAGAAACGGCAAACUAUCCUAGAAAAAACUAAAAACCUGAUGAACAUCGGCGAAGUUCCUAUGGACGAACCGAAUAAGAAAUCUAAAUCUAGGAAGAAGAAUCUCACAGGAGAUAUCUAUAGCAGCGGAGACGAGGCCGGACCUUCUCUAGAGGCAGCUGCUAGACGACGUCAACAGCGAAUUGAGAGACGUAAGGCAGAGGCUAAAGAGAAUCAACGUCGCAAACAGACCAUGGAAGAGUUGGAGGAUUUGGACGACUUUUUAGACGACUCAGAGGUCUGGACAGAAGAGGAGAAGAAGAAAUAUCUGGAAAGGGUGAAGAAUAUGCCAAAAAAGCAAAAAAUACGACAUUUCAAGGCCAUCACGGAAGAUUCAGGUCUUUCGGCUAAACAGAGACUGAAGGUGAAGAGUAAAGCUUUCAUCAGUGACAGUGAUGCUUCAAGUGAUGAUAGCGAUGACAAAAGCAAAGAAAAGCCAACCAAAGACGCUCCCAAAAGUCCCUCUCCGAAUGCCGAUGGAGGAGAGGGCCCAUCUAAGAAAAGGAUGCGUCUGGCCUCUGAUUCAUCCACAGCAGCCAGUGACGCCGCUUCUGAGUCAGGCGCCGAAGGAGAUGACAACAAGGCUUCGGCUUCAAAAUCCAAAACUAUCAUUGAAUCCGAUUCUGACUAAGGUUGAUGGCGUCAUCUGUCUCCUAAUCAGACCUCUCUGCGAAUCAAAUAGCAGAAUAGAUGUUUGGCUUCCGAUUUGAUUCCUUGUCAGUGUGAUUCAUAAUCGAUUCAAAUUGGCCAAAUGAUGAAAACUUUUUUGAGCAGCAUUGUUUAAUUUUAUUGUCAGCGUAUGUCAUUCAAAAUGAUUAUCUUAUAGACUAAAUAGUUUAAUGUUAUUCUCUCA